UCCAAUCGGCUGCUAUAGCAUUAGCUAGCCUAGCAUGCUGAUGACAACUAGCAGUCAUUAACAACUAGCAGUAUUUCAAUGUUCUUGAUUUGUCAGUUGGGAUAAUGGGAUAAUUCGGAGUACACUGCCAUCUCUCAUCCCUGGUUUGAGUGCCCUGGAGCCGGCGCGGCAUCCAGUGGACAGCGUGCAAGCCUGCGAGGAGAGGACAGGAUAAUACAGGCUCCAGUCUGGACAGGAAUAUAAAGAAUGAACACCAAUGACGCCAAAGAAUACCUUUCGAAACAUCAGAUCCAACAACUAUGUGAGAGUAUGCUGACUGGACUGAUGUACCAUCGCCCUGAGGACCCCGUAGGCUUCCUGGAGAACUGCCUGCAGAAGGUGCGCGAGCUUGGAGGGCCUGAAUGUGUGUCCUGGGACACCUUUAUGUCCCCUGAGCGAAAGCCACUACCCCCAAUAAGCAUGGGACAUGGGAAGAAAGCUAGCUGCAAAUUGGACACCGGGCCUGUACCCGGACCCGGUCCCGGACCUUACCGUCGGUAUGACCGCCUCACUCCCAUUCAGGCCCAGUUCUCCAUCGAGAGCGACUCAGAUAUGACUGAGUCCACUGGACUUAUUCAGGAGUAUGACGUUUUUGACCCCUCUAAGCCCCGACCUCACAUAAUUUUUGUCAUUGGGGGACCAGGAAGCGGAAAGGGCACCCAAACUGCCAAAAUUGCAAGCCAUUAUCGUUUUGAGUGUGUGUCUGUGGGAGAGAUCCUGCGGAACCAGCUCCUGCACCAUGCCUCUAGUGACAGAAAGUGGGAGCUCAUCGCUAAGAUCAUCGCCAACGGGGAACUGGCACCUCAGGAGACGACAAUUGAGGAGCUGAAGCAGCAGUUCAUCAAGCAGCAAGGUGCCAAGGGUUUUAUUGUGGAUGGGUUCCCACGGGAGAUUGCCCAGGCAUUUACCUUUGAGGAGCAGAUUGGCUCGCCGGACCUAGUGAUUCUACUGGCCUGCUCCAAUCAGCAACUUCGCCAGCGUCUUGAGCAGAGAGCCGCUCAGCAGGGUCGCCCUGACGAUAACACCCACGCCAUCGAGAAACGCCUGGAAACGUUUAAGCACAACAUCCCUCCAAUAGCCAAGUACUACCAGGAGAGGGCACUUAUUGUCAGGAUUGAUGCCAAUCGCGAAGAAGAUGAUAUAUUCACAGACAUAAGUGCCAUUGUGAAGGAGAGACUGUUUCCAAACUGGGUGGAGGAGGAGGCAGAGGCAAAGUAGUGUACUGACAUGAGUUGUUGUGGCAGGGUGGGUGGUGAAACCAGCCGUCAUGCCUGUUGAUUGAGCUCUCAUCCACUUGGAUCAGACUACGGGCCUAUGGGCCCUGGUCAAAAAUAGUACACUACACACUAAACAAAUGAGGGUCCCUCAACGGUUCUUUGGGAAGGGUGAUGGUUCUAUGUGGAAACAUACUGACCCAAAGAACCCUUUGAGCCCUUCAAUGGUUCUUUGCAGUUCAAAAAAGGGUUAUUUCCUCUUUUAGUGAUAAUUAAAAUGUAGGGGUGGUGGCUCAUUCAAAUAUUUUUGGGGGCAACCGUGAGUGAGUGUCAUUUCAGUUUAUCUAAUCUGUUGUGUUAUGCUAUUUGAUGUUAUACUGUAUAUGAAUAUGGCAAGUGAUGGUGUUUUGUGAAAUACUCACAUAUGGCCUUGUGUCAAUUGAGAACAGUUGACUAAAUCAGUCAGUGGUUCUCAAUUCUUUCCUCAGGGACCCCCAGCCAUUCCAGAGCUAGCACACCUGAUUCAAUUUGUUAAUAAAGACAAAAAUACAACCUAUGGAAUUUUAA